CCGUGCAGACAUGCUUGUCAUGACGGAGUCCAGAUGCCAGUGAAUGGCACUGACGCAGUAUCUCUAUUUUCUUGUCUUUUUGUGCUGUAUGCAUGGAGUGGAGGCAGACAGCUUUAGGGAAGGGGGAGGAGCGUUGUGUGUGUGUGUGUGUGUGUGUGUGUGUGUGUGUGUGUGUGUGUGUGUGGUGUGUGUUGGCUGGCGUUUCAGAUAAUGAAAUGCAGCAGGGAACAAAGAGCUGGGGGCCCCUAUUCUCUGUGCUGCAGCUUCAUUUUCACUCCCGUCAGUCUAUGAUUCUUCCAUACCCUCUUUCUUGUGUACGUGUAUGUGUGUGUGUUUAUGUUUGUAUGAGUAGUUUGUUGUGUGUACCACUGUCCCCCUCCUCCUCCUGUUAGUAUUCUGCAUGGCAGAUCCCCCUAAUGUAAUAACUGUGUCUGCAUGUCUAAUUUACAGCAGGAGAGAGUAAAUAGCCUGUGGUUAAUUACAGUACGUGUGGGUGUGUGUAUGUGUGUGUGUGUCUAUGCAUGUGUCUACACACGCGUGGGUGUGUCAGAAUGAUUUAUGAGUUGCAAAUAGCUACACCAGUGGCCCGUUUCUCCUCACUUAGUUUUUAAUCUGUCUUUCCAUUAAUUUUCCUGGAGAUGUUAUUAUGGUUUUAUAACCGUGUGCACGAGGAUGCACAUGUGAGUGCACGUAUGUGUUAAUGAGACAGAGGUGUGGACAUUUUGUGAGGAUUGCGGCUUCUCGGGCACCUGAGCUACACUUUGCGUUUUCCCCCGUUUCUACUUUUUCCAUUUCACUUCCUUCCUUUCCCUGUUUCUAUUUUCCGGUGCUUCAUUCACUCUCUUCAUUGAGAGCCACAAUGAACACAGAUCUUUAUUGACAGUACAUGGUAGAACAUGGAAACAGCAGGUCAAUCCGUUUAGCCCAAGGGCCGAUACACCAAUUCACCAAUUUGUCAGUGUUAGUUUGAGAGAGAAAAGCAGCUAAUCUCUCCUCUCUGCUCUCUAUUGAUCACACACUUAGACUCCACUUCUCUGUCUAAACACUAUUGAUUCCCUCUCUCUCUCAAUCUCUUUCUCUCUCUCCCUCUCUUUCUGUCUUGCCCUCGCCACAUACCACAGCUCUCAACACAUCUUCCCUUCAUACACUCAUGACUACUUCUCAGAUAACAGCCAGAAUAAUGUACAUGUACAUGAAGCCCUGAGUCACAUUUUUGAUGAAUACUCGGGAAUAGUUUAGCAUGAACAAAAUAAGACUUAGAAGUAAUUUCAGUAACACUGUAUUAUGCAUGGAGCUUAUCAACUAUACAAAGCAUUUUAGAGUUUGGUUCACAAGUGUCACAAAUUAUUGUUCCCUGCUGCGUACUUUCAAACGCUUAUGCAUGGUCUCAUUAAAAAAAUCAAUUACUUAGCAACCCCUCUACAACGUGAAUACAGACCAUGAUUAAAAAUUCACUGUCGGGUACAUUGUCUCGUGGCUUUGUUUUUCAGUCUCACAUCAUAAGGUGCACUUGAAAAGGACUACAUUCCUGUCAAGAUGAAGGCUAUGUAAAAACUAUACAAUGAUUAUCUUAUGGGAGAUGUCCCCCAGCUUUUUUUUUUUUUUUUUAACAUCAAUUCAAAUUGAGUGAAGGAUAUCUAUUUGAUUGGAUGUAUCUUGUAGGGACCCCUGUCAUGACAAAUGUUAGUUGAGAUGUACGAAUUGGUCGCGGAGGGAUUGUACUGUAGACAGGAAGAUGAAAGAGAGAGGGAGAGUGAAAGAUGUGACGAAAACAGAAUAUAGCAUUUAUUAUAUCUAUUUCUCUCAAACCUAAUGUCAAAUUAAUGAAAUGUAAACAGGGAAUCCCAACUAUUAGUACACAUGCUGUAAAAAACAGCCAUGCACCCAUGGGUUUCACUAUCCUCCACACAUGGCUCUUAUUUAUAAGACUGGUGCACCACCUACUGGUGAUAUUAUCCCAUUACAGACACCUUUAGUUGUUGCAGGUUACAAAACACGGACACAUUGCUUGUGUAACUCAAAAUCAGCUGUUUGGUAACCAGCACUGAGGGUAGGUGGAGGAUCUCGUGGAGUGCUUUAUUUUCUCAAUGCCUGACUUUAAGCUAUGUAACGUUACUAUUAUAUUAUUUAUUAGAAAUUAGCAGCAGUUUUAAGGCAUUUUAUAGCUAUAAUUUUAUCGUCACCUUUUUUUACUUGAAGAUGCCUCCUUCAACUGGUGCAGAAGACAGAAAAGCCUUAGUGAGAAAGAUGUUAAGGGAAGUUCUGGUGGGUCGAGAGGAUCCAGAGGGGUUUUUCGCCAUGUGUGUGUCCGCCCUGGGGUACCAGGAGACCCGGUCACAGUUUCUGUCCCUCAUCCAGCCUCUGUCCACGGCCAACCGCUCCCUGCACUCCACCCUGACCUCCAUCUACAAGGAUUAUUUCUCUAAGACUGAAGAUGAUGAACUGGAACUUGCGUUGGUUCUCUCUCUACUGGAAAUGAAAGAGCAGCAGCUGUCAACCCCCAGCCACGAGUCCCGGCCUCAGCAACCUGGAGACAGACUGAAUCAGAGAAGCUCCCUUCAACUGAUCUCGGUAUCUCAGCCACAGGGAAGCAGCCACACCCAAGUAGUAGAUGUAGUUGGCCGGAGAGAAACCACCAACUCACCACAAACUGAACCCACAACUCGAGGGACUGAGCUUCGGAAGAACACACAAGUUUACAAAUAUAAUAAGGAGGCACCGGAAACAAGUCAGACUGUGUGUGUCUCCAGAUUGUCUGUCUCAUUUUCCAAGCAAGAAAUGGUUGAAGAAGGCGACCAAGUAAUGGGCGAGGGAGAUUUGAAUAAAUCAGACAAACCAAAACGCUCUAAGAACAGGCGUCAGCGGCGCAAAGGCACUGGCCAGCAGGUUGUGGGUUUGCCUUGUUCUCCAUCAGCUCCAACACCGGUGCUGCUCUGGUUCAGGAGGGACUUGCGACUUUGUGACAACCCUGCUCUCAAUGGCUCAUUGGAGGUUGGUGCACCUGUUAUCCCCGUCUUCAUCUGGAGCCCUGAAGAGGAGGAGGGACCUGGGAUUACGGUGGCUAUGGGGGGAGCUUGUAAAUACUGGCUUCAUCAAGCUUUGUCUUGUUUCUGUUCAUCUCUGGAGCGCAUUGGCAGCCAUCUUGUCUUCCUCAAGGCAAGUGGAGAGGGGAAGGAGGUUGGAUCUUCUUUGCGUACGCUUAAGCAACUUGUAAAGGAGACAGGGGCGAGAACAGUCUUGGCUAAUGCCCUCUACGAGCCCUGGCUGAAGGAGAGGGAUGAUGUGGUGGUCUCAGCCCUUCAGAAAGAUGGCGUUGAAUGCCGGAUGGUCCACUCGUACUGUCUCAGAGACCCCUACUCUGUCACCACGGACGGUGUGGGACUCAGAGGAAUAGGUUCAGUGUCUCACUUCAUGAGCUGCUGUAGACAGAACCCAGGACCUGCAUUAGGGGUUCCCAUGGACCCUCCUGUAUCUCUGCCCACACCUGGCCACUGGCCUCAGGGUGUCUCUUUGGAUACGCUAAGCCUGGCACGCAUGCCCCGCAGGAAAGAUGGCACAACGAUUGACUGGGCAGCAAACAUUCGUAAAGCCUGGGAUUUCAGUGAAGAAGGAGCACAUGCCCAGCUGGAGGCCUUUCUUCAGGAUGGUGUGUAUAGAUAUGAAAAGGAGUCAGGCAGAGCGGAUGCACCAAAUACCAGCUGUCUGUCUCCCUACCUACACUUUGGUCAGCUCAGCCCACGCUGGCUGCUGUGGGACGCCAAAGGGGCACGCUGUAGACCCCCAAAGUUCCAACGUAAACUGGCGUGGAGAGAUUUGGCUUACUGGCAGCUGAUAUUGUUUCCUGACCUCCCCUGGGAAUCCCUCAGGCCUCCAUACAAGGCUCUGCGGUGGAGCAGGGAUCGGGGCCACCUGAAGGCCUGGCAGAGAGGACAAACAGGCUACCCUCUGGUGGAUGCAGCCAUGAGGCAGCUGUGGCUGACAGGCUGGAUGAAUAACUACAUGAGACACGUGGUGGCAUCUUUUCUCAUAGCAUAUCUCUACCUGCCCUGGCAAGAAGGCUAUCGCUGGUUCCAGGACACCCUGGUGGAUGCAGAUGUUGCCAUAGAUGCUAUGAUGUGGCAGAAUGGAGGCAUGUGUGGUCUGGAUCACUGGAACUUUGUCAUGCACCCCGUCGAUGCAGCAAUGACCUGUGAUCCGUACGGCAGCUAUGUUAGGAAAUGGUGUCCUGAACUUGCAGAUCUGCCUGAUGAGCUUAUUCACAAACCCUGGAAAUGUCCCGCAUCCAUGCUUCGACGUGCUGGUGUAGUGUUUGGCCAGACGUAUCCUGAGCGAAUAAUAACAGACCUGGAGGAGCGGAGGAGUCAGUCUUUGCAAGAUGUAGCGCUGGUGCGGAAGGAGUUCGGACAGUAUGUGGAUAAGCGCUCAGGCUCUGACUUGGUGCCUCUGCCCCCACGCCUUGUCUCCGAGGCUCUAGGCUUAUCAGACAGGGAUGGGGGUGUGGUGACAGCCGGGAAGCAGUUCCUGUUGCCUGUUAUCACCCGCAUGGAAUUCAAACACCAACUUGAAGAUCCAGAUGCAGAUGCCGCCUCAAAUCCCUACAAUGCUGUUCUUAAAGGAUACGUGAGCCGUAAGAGGGAUGAGACCAUUGCCUUCCUUAAUGAGAGAGACUUUACUGCCAGUGUGAUGUAUGAGGGAACCCAGAGAAAGGAGAGGCUGGAGAGUGAUUAUCGCAGAAUGGAGGGACUCCCUCAACCUCCUGCACCUCGGGGCAGAGCCAGACGAACUCCAACAGCAAAGGACAGGUUUUCUAUAGUACCUGGUGGGGCGGUCACUUCACUCAGGUGACCCAGAGGUCAAAACUGAAAGUUUACAGGUUCAAGGUGACCAGUUACUAUUAAAAUGCGAAAAAAGUACAAAAUGUUACAGAAUAAUCUUCAAGAUGAGGCAAGAACAGGCCAAUGUGGAUAGAGUGAGGAAAAUUUGCUUGUGUUGAAACAAUCACAACAAUGUGUGCCAGGGGGUUGCAAAAUGCUCCUAACAUUUUGUACAUUAAAUAUUCAGUAUAAUCUCAGGUAUUGAGCAAUGGCGUCAUUCUAGGUAACAAUACACUUGAUGUCAGUGCAGCUUCCUUUCUUAAAGGCCCAUUCUGUAUUCUUAAACAUAAAUAUACACAUACAUUGUAGCGUUUGAGUGUUUACAAUCUGAUGUAAGCAACAUCAGAUAUCUGAUAUAUCGGUGUGUGAAUCAAAAUACUUCAGUGAAGUUGGAGGUUUUUAUCAGGUUCCAAUUUUAUAUUUUGGUUGUCGGGUUACCUUUUUGUAUGAGUUUAAGUGGAAGUAUAACUGGGUCUGAUGUUAGACUUAAUGGUGUGUAUGGUCAGAACAGUGAUUGAAUGAAACUGUCAGACAAAGCAUGUCACAUGUUCAGUGCCUUAUGACAAGCUGUCAUUUUUAAAACUGCCCAUACUUAUAAAGUUUAAACUUUGGAAAAUAAAAAAAUGAAAGAAA